AUGGCCACCACUCCGAACCCCAACAUGCAGGACAUCUACAAAGGCAUCGCUACGCUACCCCAACAAGACAGCCAGCCGUGGCAAUACAACGACAUCGAGAUGGUCGACUACAAUGCGUUCGAGGCCUGCCAUAAGGCGCUCGGUACGGUCGAGAUUCUCGAGGAAAUCCUCACUCACCUGCCCAAAUUCCAGCUGUUCCGCAUCCAGAAAGUCUCCAUGGCAUUCCGGGACACGAUCCAAGAAUCGCCACAGCUCCAGGAGAGGAUGAUGCUCAAGGCUCCUGUGAAGUCGUCCCCCAGACCUCGUGGCUGCAGCAACGGCGUUGUUUUAAACGACAUCCUUCGCGACACGAUCUUCCUCCCCCGCCUUGCCAUUCAAGAGGGGUUCACGGAUGGCAUCCACGCCAUGUAUGGCCACAGGCGUCUGAUGCACGAGAACCUGGAGGACGGAGAGUUGACGUUGUACCGCUAUCGCGAGAUGCAGUUCUCCCUGCCCGAGAAGAACUAUAUCAUCAAUCUGGCAAAGCGCGACGCAUCCUGGAGGAAGAUGCUGGUGGCAAAGGAGCAGCUACCACCGUUUCGCACGCAGAUGCUCAUGUGGUUCAGCUCUCUGAAGGAGUCUGACAACAACAAGGAGGGUUUUGGUGAAGAGCGGAUGGGAUUCGUUACGAUGGGAGACGUGGCGGAUGCGGUGGAGAAGGAAUACAAUGAGUACUGGUGGUCCAAGGCGAACGGUAUCAAUGUUCGCGGGACUCUGAGGGAGGCCGAUGACUAUCUUGACCAUAGAACUGGGAUCACUUCGCGGGGGUUGCAGCAUCGGAUCUAA